UGAUGUUAUAUUUUAAUCGUCAACCGAACCAUCACUUGGCGUUGGUAUGUCGACGAUCAUCAUUCUAGUGUUCGUUUUUUUGGCGGAAGCAGGAAGUUCUUUAGAUAAGUCAACAGAUGUAAAGAUUGUGAAGAGUUUUAGACUAUUUACCGAAAAAGAUAUUCUUCCCAAAGCUCCUGAAAAUCUACAGUACGCUUUCAUUAUAUCCAGACAUGGGAUUAGAAAACCAAUAAGGAACCCUUUUAAAUCCUGUUUUUCUGUUUUCUGUUUUCUGUUCGUAUGGAAAUGUGACUCAGGAACACUGACCUCUAGAGGAGAAGAGCUAAUGCUUCAGGUUGGCAAGUCACUUGGUACUCGCUACAAAGACCAAGUGCCUUUAUUUGACCCGAAGGUGGUACAUUUCUCCUCUACCCCAGUAUCUAGAACUAGACGGAGCACACAGUGUCUUGCAACAGGGCUGUUUGUUGCUAAGGAUCCUGGAUACCUAUUGAAUGCUCGUUUUGAUGGCAACAAGUCACCAUGCAAAGGAAAUAUAGAUAUUCAUAAUGCUGAUUACGACAAGUCCCACGUAUUACAUAAAGGAUGUACUCUUUAUGCAAAACUGAAAAAGCAAGCGUCAAACGAAGAAAAAAGAGAAACCUCCCCUAUGAGAAUGACAUAUUAUAAAAAACUUGGCCAAAUGAUUGAAACAAUUUACCACAAAAAGAACUUUGUAAAAUCUAUGUCGGAUAGCGCUACUAUAUAUGAUACGUUUCAAUCAUGGAUUCUUGACGGUCAAGAAUUUGUUGCUCCAGACAGUAUUUCUUACGCGCUUCCAGUGAUGCGAAAAGCUUUUCAACUCUGCUUAUGGCGCGAGAUUUACAGCAAAACCAACAUGGUGCAGUAUAUAGUUGGGCCUAUCCUCAAUCAAAUAUUUUCGGAGAUCCACAAUAUGGAAGAUCAAAAGGCGAUUACAUCAAUUGACCGGAAGAUGAAAAUUCAUUUCCACGGAUCUCACGAUAUCACCGUCAGUCCUCUACUUUGGGUCAUCAGCGAAGACGAGACAAGCAUUGCACUUCCAGGAGACACACUUAUCAUAGAGGUGACAUCAGAUGAUCUAGUUCAGAUAUACUAUUACAAUCCUUUAGGAGUGGACAAGGACAAAAUAUUUAGAGCCAUAACCUUGAAGCCCUUGUGUGGUAACGAGGAUUGUAAACUCUCAAAGUUUGAACAAGCGUUGCAUGGCUUUAUUUAUGAUGAGGGCAGCUGGAAGAAAAUGUGUAAGAAUCCAAAUCCACACAAUUACAACAGAGCCUUACCUCAGGAUAUCGAUGAGCAGGAUUUAAGAAUAAUGGACGAAGCACUGGGUUUAUUGCCGAAUGUUAAAUAGUUACAUCAAAUUAUAUUGUGUUAUAUUGUGUCGGUGAUUAUGAAAUGAUCACUUUGGUUCAUAUACCUAUAUCAAACGUAUAAUGCUAAUAAAACAACUCGUUUAAUAGCUGGUUCUAAGUACAUAUCAAACUCAUAAUAAUUUAUACGAUGUACAAAAGAGGGCCUAUGAUCAUUUUAUCAAACAUUUCCUUGGUAUUUCUUUAAGGAACUUAUAUACCUUGUAUCUUCAGAUUCAAAAUAAACAUAACUUUAAUUUUAU